CAUUGUUCUGUAACUACUGCUCAAAAGAGAGAAUGGGGAGAAGAAGAAUGGCUUUGGCACUGCUACUGAUAGUGGUGGUUCUAACGUGGCAGAAGGGAACGACGGCAAAGGACGCAAGAAGCGCUGCUGAAACGGCAAAGAAAAUGGCAACAGAGACUGUUUCAUGGGCCAUUUGGGUCUCCGACCAAAUCAUCACUGGACUUGGUAUAAAGGAAAAGAAACCAGAAACUGCCGCCCAACGCGCAAAAAACUACGCUUACAACACUGCACAAUACAUCAAGGACUCUGCGUAUGACAAGACUGGUGAUGCUAAGGAUAUGGCUUAUGAAAAGGCAAGCAAUGCAAAAGACAUGGCCUCUGAGAAAGCUGGCUAUGUAAAAGACAUUGCCUAUGAUAAGGCAGGCAAUACGAAAGACAUGGCUUUCGAGCAGGCUGGACAUGCGAAGGAUUUCGCCUAUGAUAAAGCAGUAAAUGCCAAAGACAUGGCUUACGAGCAGGCUGGACAUGCAAAGGAUUAUGCUUAUGAUAAGGCAGGAGAGGCUAAGGACAUGGCCUAUGAUAAGGCAGGCAUUGCGAAAGACAUGGCUUACGAACAGGCUGGCCACAUGAAGGAUUUUUCUUAUGAUAAGGCUCGCAAUGCAAAGGACAUGGCCUAUGAGAAGGCCGGACAUGCUAAGGAUUAUGCCUAUGAUAAGGCUGGUGAUGCAAAAGAUGUGGCAUAUGAUAAGGCGGGCAAUGCAAAGGACAUGGCAUAUGAAAAGGCAAGCAUUUCAAAAGACAUGGCAUAUGAAAAGGCAAGCAUUGCAAAAGACAUGGCCAAUGACAAGGUGGGUAGUGCCAAGGACACGGCAUACAAGAAGGCGGAAAAUGUGAUCGACAUGACGUAUGACAAGGUGGGAUCUGCUUACAGCAGUGCCAAGGACAUGGCAUAUGAGAAGGCGGGCAAUGUCAAAGAUAUGACGUAUGACAAGGUGGGAGCUGCUUACGGAAGUGCCAAGGACAUGGCGUAUGAGAAGGCGAGCGAUGCAAAGGACAUGGCGUAUGACAAGGUGGGAGCUGCUUACGGCAGUGCUGAGAAAGCAAAGGAUUACGGGUAUGAAAAGACCGGCGAUGUGAUCAGGAUGGCCACAGACAAGAGCAGUGAAGCCUAUGAAGGAGCUAAAGAGAGGUCAAAGAGUGCAAAAGAAACCGCAGCGGAUAAAGGUGAACGUGCAGUAAAGUAUGGUAGGGACAAAGCAACAGAAGCAAUGGAUGGAUCUGUUGAGUAUAUGAAAGAAAAAUCACACAAAGCUAAAGAUGGAGCGGCCAGAGGGUUCGGAGAAACCAUGGACAAAGUCAAGGAAACAUCAACACACGCCUAUGAAACCGCAAAAGAAAAGGCUUCUCAUGUUGCCGAAGAGAUUAGAGAGCGUUAUGUUGAGCUUUAGAAUCAACUUCUUUACAAUUCUAAAUCUAAUCAAUUCUAAUUUCCAAAAUGUAACACAAUAUAGUCUUGAAAGUUACAGGAGUGUUGAACAA